AUGUCCAGCGUACCGGAUCAGGAAGGCGAGGGUAUCAAUAGCUCGCCCGUGACGCCAGGUACGACGCCCGCGACCUCCGCGUUCGCACACCGUCUCCCCUUGCACCGCAGCGUCAGUCGUUCGUCGCAGUGGUCCGUGCCGGACACCCCUCGACACCACCAUCAGGGCACGUCCUACUUCCCAGAAGCUCCCCGGCCAGUAUCCCCGACUCCCAAACGAAACAAACACACGAUGCGCAACGCGUCUGUCACUUCGAGAAGACGGCCCGUCCGGAGCACGAGUCUCACCAGCUCGCACGCUACUGCGAGAGCCAUGGGUGAGGACCCAGGGAUGCUGAGCGAAGAAGACGAGGACGAGGACACCGGCAGCGUCGGCAUCGCGGAGGAGGGUGGCGAGGAGGAGGCGGACGAGGGUGCAGACGCAGACGAGGAGCGCGAAGACGACCCGAUAACACUGAAGGAUCGUCAGUCCCUCAUCAACGUCGAGCACCCCUUUGGCCUGCCCAUCUGGAAACCCGCGUUGUACAAGAAGUCGCGAUCGGUGACGCGCUACGCUGACCAGGAGUUGCACUCAGUCCCUUCGGCCCAGGCGGAGCGACAUCUGCUCCCGGGCAACAUCCUCUGGACACUCCUGUUCGGUUGGUGGCUCGCCUUAUCUUGCUUCAUCACAUCCGGCCUGCUCUAUUUCGUGCCCAGGGGCGGCAGGCAAUAUGCUACGCUGAUGUUUGGCUUGGGCUGGUACAUCGCCUGGCCAUUCGGCAAGUACGUCGAAGGCGACCUCGCCUCCGUGCUAUCAAACGGUGAAGGGAACCGUCCUGAUACCAUCCUUGAGCAUCCUGACGAGGAAGACGAGGAGCGUUCUUCGACCGCGAGCGAUGUGGAAUCUACGCCGACCGGGCAUUCAUCUGACGCCAGCCACGACACCAUUACUCCCGGGACAUCGCACCUACAUCGGCCAACUCUACUGCGCAACAUCCGCAAUCUGCGUCCUGGAACGAUACGCAGGGCCUUCAGCCCACUAUCAUACGGCGCGACGGGCUCCGCACCCAGGGCGCAGCCAGUGGCAUACUCAAUCGGAGUGUCCGAAGGCAAGCACGGCGACUUCCUUGGGAGGACACUCUUCAGGGUCAUCUUCGUAUGUGUCAUCGCGCCCCUCAUGCUGCUGGUCUCCGUCAUCUGCUGGGGCAGCAUCUUCGCGAUACCGAUGGCACGCUUGAACUGGCAGUUGGUGAAGUACCUUGUCGAGCAGCCGACGCACAUUCGCUUCUGCGCCGCCCCCGUCGUAGCUGUGGCCGAGCAGCCAGAGGGCGAUGAUAACGCUACCUCCGCAGAACCCGCCGUAUCGUUCAAGCCUGCCAGGUUGGCCGCGGGCCAAAUUGCACCCUUCGGCUCGCCCACGUCGACCGUACUCCUGUGCACGUACAGGGCAUUUGGGUGGAAGUACUACAAGUACACCGUCGGCGGCAUAGCGGAGCGGCGCGAGAACGCGGGCAUCCACGUCCCCGCGGUGCUCGCCUUCCUGACGUCGCGCCCGUUGAUCUUCCUGCUGAGUCUCGCGAGCGUCAUCCCGCUGUCGUACUUCAUCGGCAUGGCGUCGCGUCCAUCUCGGCGCAGUCAUCCAUCGGCAUGGGGGCGGUCAUCAACGCUACGACACCUCGUCGAGGGGUCCAUCAUUGGGAGUAUCCUCGCGGGGGUGCUGCUCAUGCCUGGAUCGAGUAUGUGUGGGGCUGCUCUGCGGACGAAGGAACAGAGGUUCAACUCCAAGAGCGCGGGGGUUACGAGUAUGCUGUUGAUCAUGGCUAUCAUCGGUACCCUCGCGCCGACGCUCUUCUACCAGACAUAUGGGAACUUCCAAUUGGUAUGCGAGGGCUGCCCGCCCGAGGGAUCAUCUGGACCGUGGGUUUGCCAGCAUUGCUACUACAAGUAUCCGGACCCUGUCGACGACCCCUUCUACCAGUCAACGGUGAAGACGCUGAUGUACUUCUGUGCCGGCACUCUGCUUCUGUCUUACCUCAUUGGUCUGUGGUUCUCGCUGCGGACGCACGCCAGUCAGAUCUGGCAGAACCCCCAGCAACUCCUGCACUCUGCUGAGAUGGCAGGCGGCCAACAGCGCACGUCACUCUACCACCGGCUCGUCCCCUCAGCUCUCAACAGCGCGACGCGGCCGUCCCACAGUCUGUCGCAUAAGUCGAGCGCAGUCAACAUCACCAUCGACGGCGUAGACUCGCGAAACCAGACCCCUACGGCAUCCGUGUUGAACGUACCUGCUCACGGCCAUGCGGGAUCGUCGUCGUCGGCCAGCGCGACUGUCCCGCCUUCGACUUCAGCGCGCCGAGUAUCAGCCGUUGCUGUCGCUACGGUGAGUGCCCUGAGGCACCAGCACGAGUAUGCGCGGUCGCCAGCUAGGGCACGGUUGUCGGCUGCGGAAGCGGAGGCAGCAGGGGGGCAUGGUGGUCAUGAUGCCCCGUCUUGGAGCCGCACGACUAGUGCGAGCGUGUUGCUUGGGUGCACGGCUCUGUACGCUAUCAUCGCAGAAUUGCUGGUGGACGUUGUCGAUGUCGUCCUCGAGGGGUCCGGUAUCGACGAGAAGUUCCUCGGUGUGACACUCUUCGCCCUGGUACCGAACACCACCGAGUUCAUGAACGCCAUCUCGUUCGCUAUCAACGGCAACAUCUCGCUGAGCAUGGAGAUCGGCUCUGCCUAUGCCCUGCAAGUCUGUCUACUCCAGAUCCCUGCUAUGGUCGCGUUCUCUGCCUGGUAUGCCCCGGAGAAAAUGGGAGCUAUUGCGAUACCUUCACGAUGGUUUUCCCUCGCUGGGAUGUCAUUGUGAUCAUUCUGUCAGUCUUCCUCCUCACUUACACGUAUAUCGAAGCCAAGAGCAACUAUCACCGUGGAAGUAUCCUUAUUCUCAG